UAUUGACUACCUGGUGCAUAUCGCCCGUCAUUCCGAGCUCUGCAUCAGUUCCUUGUGAAGGAGAGAAGAUUACAAAAAAACAACGACGCAAAAGCAGCAAAAACAAUGUCUGAGACAUACGAUUACCUGUUCAAGUUUCUGAUAAUUGGCAGUGCCGGAAGUGGGAAAAGCUGCCUUUUACAUCAUUUCAUCGAAAGCAAAUUCAAAGACGAUAGCUCCCACACAAUUGGGGUGGAGUUUGGUUCACGUAUUGUUAAUGUUGGUGGUAAAUCAGUGAAAUUGCAAAUCUGGGAUACUGCUGGACAGGAAAGAUUCCGAUCGGUGACACGCUCCUAUUAUCGCGGAGCGGCUGGUGCAUUACUGGUCUAUGACACAACUUCGAGGGACUCGUUCAAUGCAUUGGCAAAUUGGCUAAAUGAUGCCCGGACAUUAGCCAGCCCAAAUAUUGUUAUACUCCUGGUGGGUAAUAAAAAGGAUUUGGAGGAAGCACGCGAUGUGACAUUCUUGGAGGCCAGCACCUUUGCCCAGGAGAAUGAGCUUAUCUUCUUGGAGACGAGCGCCAAAACGGGCGAAAAUGUGGAAGAGGCCUUUUUGAAAUGCUCCAAAACCAUAUUGGCCAAAAUAGAGACAGGCGAAUUGGAUCCGGAACGCAUUGGCAGCGGUAUACAGUAUGGCGGAGCAGCUUUGCGAAAUCUCCAGACCCGACAACGCAGCAUUAACAAACCAGAUUGCACAUGUCGUGUGUAGAUGACGACAGGGUUAAAUCACACUCAAUAUUUACUUUACUUCUGAAUAUAUUAUAAACAAAAAAAUUAAUCUCUGAUAUGCGGCUUCACCGGAUCGCAUUAACAUUUAGGUUGUUCUUAUUUCUAUUUUGUGUCACUUUAGUUCAUUUUAGUUUUUAAUCAUUCCAAAAUGUGUGUUAGUUUAAUUUUAAACAUUUUAACAAAUUUUAUUUUAUUAUAUAACUUGCUGAAUUAUUUAUACGAAUGGUCUCCAAGAGUUAUGUAGUUAUCGUAAAUUAUAAGGGACUAAAACUGAAUGUGGCACCAGGCAACGCCAAAUGCUGGCUAACACAGAUUUCGAUUAAAAAUGGAAGGAGAAUGUGUUUGGCAUUUUUUGUUUGUAAAUAAAAUUGCACAGCGAUUAUAAUUGUAAAAUUCUCCAAGUUAUGCACGCGAUUUAAAUAAAAAGAAGAAAAAAAAAACAGCUAAA